AUGCUUUCAGAAGCAUAUCUCAUUGGAAUUGCCUAUUGGUCUGAUAACCACCUGACUUAUACUCCAAAGGAUGAACAAGCUGCUGAAGAAAAGGCUAGAGAGAUGAACUCUGCCAGUUGUAUCCCCUGUUCAUCUUCAGAUGAAGCACAAGACAAAAGUCUUCAUUGGAAAUGCAAGCCUCCUGGAAAUUUUAUUUCUUCAAUUCGUUCAAGAGAAAGUCAACAUAGCUGGAAACAAAAAGUCUCAGUGCUGGAAUCAAAUCAGAACCCUGUCUUUGAAUGGCAAACUUCUCAUGGAGCUGAAGAAUGUGGAGACUCCAAUAUGAGCAGAGAAACAUAUUUGGUUCCUCCUUCCUGUAAAAGUAUUUGCAAGAAUUAUAAUGAUUUACACAUUGCCGGGGGCCAAGUCAUGGCCAUCAACUUAGCUGCAACAGAUUCUACCUUGGAGAGCAGCUUUGAAUUUGGCCCAUUUUUGAAAUCUUCAGAAAUUCCUUUGCCUAUGGAAGAAUCCAUUUCAACUCAGUUCAGUGACUUGCCCUGUAAACCUCUUCAAAGGCACUCAUCUUAUUGGCGAAUAACCAGCAUCAAGGACAAAAGUAUUGUGCCUCUUCAGAAGCCUCUUUCCAAUGCCAUGCUGAAUGAAUAUUUGGAACAGAAGGUAAAGGAGUUAUAUAAACAGUAUAUCAUGGACACUGUAUUUCAUGACAGCUCUCCUAUUCAAAUUCUGGGAUCAGAGCUUAUCAUGACAAGUGUGGAUCAAAUCAGUCUACAGAUAUCCCGGGAAAAAAAUUUAGAGGCCAUGAAGGCCAAAGAUAUGGUCAUUAACUGCCUCUUACGACUAGUCUCUACUGAAAUCAGCACCCCUAGUCUGCAUAUUUCCCAAUACAGCAAUGUGAAUCUAUGAAAAAGAUAUCAUGAUUCCUCUUACAGUCAAACUCAAAGCUGCAUUUUAUAUAAUUCUUUCUUAAGUUCUAAAGGAAAAAAAAACAGGCAGUAAGAGUAUGUGGAUCAAAACAUGGAGCAGUUAUGUAUAUAAUGUGAAUCAGAGAUGUAAACUGAAAGUGAAAAGGAUGUGAGCAAGAUGAAGAAAGAAUAUCAGGAAAGCAAUAUGAACUAUUUUAAAGAACAGCAACUAAACAAGAUAAAAGUAGCAGAACAAAAGAGAAAAUAAAUGUUAAGCUUAUGUAACAUUUCAAAAGAAGAAAAAUCAGUGGCCAAAAGAAAACAAACAAAAAACAAUGUUAGCUUCCAGGUUAAAGAAUUAUCCAUUUGUAUGUUACUUAGGAAGAUUUCCUGGCAGGAAGCAGGGUGAAAGAAGGCUUUGGGGAGUACAGAAAAAUACAGAAAACUUUUGGUAAAAGGGUAGAUUAACAAUGUAUUUGCUGAAAUAAAAAAGAAAAAGAAAGAUAAAAAAAAACAUUCACGGGUUUAAAAAUUCCAAAUUAUAAGAAUGAGUGUAUUUAUAGUUAUGUUUGCUUUUGUCUUUUUUUAAUUUUUUCCUUAUUUUAUCAGAAGAUUGUUUAGGACGCAAUCAGGUGGUUCAGUAGAUUGAGGGUUAGGCCUAGAGAUGGGAGAUCAUUGGUUAAAAUCUGGCCUCAGAGACUACCUAAUUAUUUGACCCUGGGUAAGUCACCCAACCCCAUUGCCUUAGCUCUUAUCACUUUUAAGCCUUGGA